AGGAAGGACGACAGAGAACAGGCAGGAGAGACGUUAGAUAGAUGGAAGAUGCUGGAUAUAAUUGAGAGACUGGAUGUCUGAUGUGUAGAUGAUGAUGAUCGAGGGGAAACGGAGAUGGCGAGCUGUACGAAGCUGCGGAGAUGGUGGAUGCCCCAAUGGAUUGGGCAGCUCUUUCGCGAGCGUCGUAUUUUUUUCUGUUUGGGGCCGUGUGUUGAGAGGACUCGUCGCAAAACGGUUGAUUCGAAGGGGUCCAGGUGCCAGUGUUGGGACUUUGACGAGCGCUUGGGCGACGCUAACCGGGCCAGUCACCAACCAAAAAAAAUACCUUCUCCUUGCGCAUCGGGCCUUAACCACUGACAAGCUCCACGACUCACAAAACCCCCGUCAACAACAAACUCCCCAAAAGCCUCAAAGGACCUCCGUCGAAGCAAGGUGAAAGAAUCGGCCUUCCCCAAAUAUCCACCUCCCUUCUCAGCGUACUCCCACUCCCACUCCCACUCCCAUCUUCUCUUCCUCUCAUAUCCCUCCCUCCCUCACGAAUCAACGAAGUCUCUCCAUCCUUUUCUUGCGACGAACGAUAACCCCGGAGAGUUGACGCAUCCCCCGAGACAAUUAGUUCCAUCCCUG